AUUUUCACAUCGGGUCAGCAUUUCCGUUAUUUAACCACCAUAUAGAGACAAUUUCUCCAUUAACGACCUUUCAAAAUCUUAACAAAUAGUUUCACUCCACAAAUUAGCUACUCAAGGAAGAUGGCGAAGAAGGAGGAGCCACCGGCGGCGAUCAAGGCCUUGUUCGAUGACUACUCCGAUCACGGAAUCAUGACCGUUGACCAUUUUCUCAGAUUUCUCAUUGAGAUCCAGAAGCAGAAAAAUGCUACAAUUGAAGAAGCUAAAGCUAUAUUUAAUCAAAUUCACGAGCAGCAAGAACACAGUUUAAAUUUAAACAGUUUUUUUAAGUUCAUUUUUGGUGAUCUUAACUCAGCUCUUGAUCUUAACCGUGGGGUGCACCAUGAUAUGACUGCUCCUUUGUCCCAUUAUUUCAUAUAUACUGGGCAUAAUUCAUAUCUAACAGGGAAUCAACUUAGUAGCGAAUGCAGUGUUGCUCCUAUUAUCGAUGCCCUGAAGAGAGGUGUGAGAGUGAUUGAAUUGGAUUUAUGGCCUAAUUCCACCGAUGAUGAUGUGGAUGUUCUUCAUGGGAGGACGCUGACAGAUCCAGUGGAGCUUAUAAAAUGUUUGAGAUCUAUCAAGGAGCACGCCUUUGUCGCAUCCGAAUAUCCAGUUGUUAUAACUCUAGAAGACCACCUCACUCCAGAUCUUCAGGCUAAAGUGGCUGAGAUGGUCACUCAAACAUUUGGAGAUAUCCUGUUUUCUCGUGGCCCGGUACGCUUAAAGGAAUUUCCCUCUCCGGAAAUGUUGAAGAAACGGAUUGUCAUAUCAACCAAACCACCAAAGGAAUACCUUGAUGGUGAAGAAAUUCAAGCUGAUGAUAAGAAUGAAUGUGAUGAAGAUAGUGAUGAUGACGAAGGUGAAGGAGAUAUAAAGUCAAAGAAAAAUGUAGCUCCAGAGUAUAAAAAUAUAAUUGCAAUUCAUGCUGGGAAGCCUAAAGGUGGACUAGAUGUAGGGCUGAAAGUGGAUCCUGAGAAAGUGAGACGUCUUAGCCUCAGUGAGGCUCAGCUUGAAGAGGCCGCGGAAACUCAUGGAAAGGAAAUUGUCAGGUUUACUCAGCGGAAUAUACUUAGGGUGUAUCCGAAGGGUAUUCGUGUAGACUCAUCCAACUAUAAUCCGUUAGUUGGGUGGAUGCAUGGAGCUCAAAUGGUUGCCUUCAACAUGCAGGGACAUGGAGAAUCACUUUGGUUGAUGCACGGAAUGUUCAAUGCCAAUGGUGGGUGUGGUUAUGUGAAAAAACCAGAUUUUCUACUGAAGUCUAGUCCAGAUGGUGAGGUAUUUGAUCCUAGAGCUGAGUUGCCUGUGAAGACAACUUUGAAGGUGAAAGUAUAUAUGGGGGAUGGAUGGUACAACGACUUCCAAGGUUUUGACGUCUUUUCCAAACCGGAUUUUUAUGUUACGGUAGGAAUUGCUGGAGUUCCUGCAGAUACUGUAAUGAAGGAAACAGAAGAAGCCGAAGAUAACUGGACACCAAUUUGGAAUGAGGAGUUUGAGUUCCCAUUAACUGUUCCAGAACUGGCAUUGCUUCAGAUUGUAGUUACUGAGCAUGAUACGUCCCAAAAGGAUGAUUUUGGUGGUCAAACAUGUUUACCUGUGUCGGAAUUACAGAGCGGGAUUCGAGCAGUUCCGCUCCAUGACCAAAGUGGAGUGAAGUAUAAUAGUGCAAAGCUGAUUAUGCAUUUUGAUUUUGUUUGAGUAUAUAUAAUUCUGUACUAAAAUAUGGCUACGAUAAUUUUGUUUGAGUAUACAUAAUUCUGUACUAAUAUACGGCUACGAUAAUUUUGUUUGAGUAUAUAUAAUUCUGUACUAAUAUACGGCUACGAUAAUGAUUAUAGAUGUAGAAAUUAGUGGGGAUUAUUUGAUUUGUUUUAA